AUGACAAGUGUAGACGACCUCUUCAAGAAACCUGGCCUACCAUCAGGCAAUCUCAAACGCAAGCUCGAAGUGACAGAUGCCGAAGCAGCCUACAAGGCGACCAAAAUCUCCAAUGGUUCUUCACCUAACGGCACUCACGCCAACAUAGACGAUGCACCAGAGGAUGAUGACGACCUUGAGGCCGGACCGGAACUUCCACCCGACGAUGACGAAGGAGGAGAAGAUGGCGACCGCUUCUUUGGCGGCGGCGUGACAAAGGCCACAGCUUCAGCACUGGACUACAUAGACGAGCAAGACGCAGAGGACUUGCCAGAAGAGAAGAUAGAUUCGUCAUGGCUUCGACGACUAGCUGUAAGCUUCGAGAAGAAGGUGAAGAAGAAUUCCGAACAGCGCGCACGAUAUGAGAGUGAGCCACAGAAGUUCAUGGCUUCGGAAGCGGAUCUGGAUGCUGAGAUUCAGAACUGGAGUCUACUGUCUGAGCACCCGGAGCUGUAUUCUGAGUUCGCGCACGGCGAGGCUUGUGGGUUAUUAGUCGGGUUGCUAGCGCACGAGAACACGGAUAUUGCCAUCAGAGCUAUUGAGAUCAUCUCGGAGCUGCUGGACGAAGACGUGGAAGCUGAACAGGAACAGUGGGAUGGGCUAGCCAACGCGUUACUGGAUGCAGAUCUUUUGGAUCUGCUCAUGAGUAAUCUGGGGAGAUUACAGGAGGAUGAGGAGAGUGAUCAGAGUGGUAUCUACCACAGUCUUUCGGUCAUGGAGAGCUUGGCGGGCCAGCAACUCAUGGCAGAGAGUAUCGGCAAGGAGAAAGUGUUGAUGUGGUUAUGCAAUCGCAUCAAGGUACCUGAGAAGAUCUGCAGCCAGAACAAGCAGUAUGCAGCUGAAGUACUGCAAGUGCUGCUUCAGUCCUCGAGCCUACUACGAAAACGCUUCGCGGUUGACGUCGAUGGCGUUGAUUUGUUCUUGCAGCUUCUUGCCCCGUAUCGGAAACGGGAUCCGCCAAAGGAUAGUACUGAGGAGGAAUAUGCCGAGAACAUCUUUGACGCUUUGAUCUGCGUCGCGAAUGAACCGAAUGGCAAGCGCAAACUCAUUGAGGCAGAAGGUGUUGAGUUGGCACUGAUCAUGGUGAAAGAGGGCUCGUUCAGCAAGAUCCGGGCCUUACGCCUUCUCGACCACGCGUGCGAUGGCCAGGACGCAGCAGCUAUGGAGGUCUGUGAGAGAUUUGUUGAAGCUGGUGGCUUGAAGACGACUUUCGGUGCUUUCAUGAAGAAGAGUGAAGCCGCUCCUACAGAGCACCUACUCGGCAUGUUCGCUUCCCUACUGCGUCUGCUACCUGCUGAAUCUGCUGCACGAAUACGAACGCUGGCCAAAUUUGCAGAGAAGGAUUACGAGAAAGUCGACAGGCUUUUCGCAGUGCGGCAGGACUACGUACGCAGCUUAGGUGUCGUGGAGAAGGAGAUUCGAUCCGAGCAAUCAACUCUCGAAGCCGAAGAAGCCGAGGAGCGAGCCGACGAGUUCUUCUCACGGCGGAUGGAGGGAGGAUUGUAUGGUCUGCAGACUACCGAUACUAUACUGGCUUGGCUUGUGGCAGAGGAUACAGAUGCGAAGAAGCUCAUCGCUACUCGACUGGGAGGGCUUGGGGCAGUGAAAAUGACGCUGCAAGAGGAAGUGUCGAGGUUAGAUGCACUAGAUGCAGCAGAUCAAGCCGAGAGGCAGGAGAUGCUAAAAGCUUUGUUCGAAUACGUUGUAUAG